UCUAGGUCACCUUAUUUACAACUCGAGCCUACUCCUCCUGACAAGUGGGAAAUUCUACCUGAGCAAAUACACUUUGAGGAGGAACUGGGGAGAGGAGAGUUUGGUGUUGUUUACAAAGCAACAUUUAGAAAGAGUGAUGAGACGGAGGUGUUAAACAAUGCGGAGGCAGCACAUUUGGUGGCUGUCAAAGUUUUACAUGGUAAGAAAUACUGUUAUUUCUAUAAAGGGGAGACAUAGCCAAAGUUUUUGAUUUUGCAACUGCUUUUCAGUCUUCUUCAUACUAAGAACCCUUUUGGAUUUUAACUGCGCUUUUCAAAAACACGCGAACUCUGAAGUUCACAAUUACGUUUUUCGCUGCCGUCAAUCAUAAGUACAUCACAAGCAACGAACCUUGAAACACAGAAACAAUCAAAACGGAUCGAAAUCCACCAAUCACAAAUCACAAACCAUGACCUUUUGAGCUCGUUCAAGUAAGCUUCUGUUUCCUAAGAGCUCCGCUAAGAUGAUUGACGGCAGCGAAAAACGCAAACGUCAGUUGGCGUUUGAACUUCAGAAUACGCGUGUUUAUGAAAAGCGUCGUAAGUAACUCUUCGGGAACUUUUAAUAAGACUUCAAAGCAAAUGUUAUAGGAAACAGAAAAACAAAACUCGAUUUUUCUCGACGACGUGAUAUUAAAACAAAUUACACCACCUUAAGGGAUUGCCUUGUGUAAGAUAAAUAGUUGGUAUUAUCGAAGUGACGAUCUGUGUAAGAUAUAUAGUUGAUAUUAUCGACGUUAAGAACCACUCCGUUACUUAAAAUUUCCAAAGUAGGUUUAAUUUCUCAAUCAUCUGAUUCUGGCAGCUAAAUUGGUUAUCUUUAAGUGUAAAUUGAAUAAUACCCAUCCUUCUAAUCCUUCUAAACAAGCCUUCUAAGUCAAGAUUAAGGCGCUUAAUCAAGUAAAAAAGACAAUAGCCAACAGGAGGAACAAACUGACUACACAUUUAAGGAAAGGGAAGAGAUAUUUUGCCAUUUGUAAGCCAUAGAAGGGGUGUUCCGCAUAUGCGUCUCACUUUAUGUUUACAUGUAAGUUUAUGAUUUAUAAAAAUUUGCAUGUAACACUGAUGUCUAAACAACUAAUAAUCUAAUUAGCGUAUAUCGAAAUUUGAAAUUUGCUUGUAUGCUUUUUGUUUUGUGUUUUAAGAAAUUUGUAGUUUCUAUUUCACCAUGUAAGUGUGAAAAAAAAAUUAACAAAACCUGUUAAGUUCCAAAAAAGUAGGUUUAAGCCGAAAAGCCCUAAACAAAUACAUUUCUUACAAAUUUACAUUUCCUAAAAACAAAAGAAACUGUAAAUUGAACCACAGUAGCCUUUGGCACAUUAUUCUUUUAUUUUUUGCUAUUAUGCUAACGCUUAAUGCUUAAUGCUCAAAAUGUGUACUAAAUUAUGUUCUUUUGCCCCUGCUAAAAUGCUCGAAAGUUCCAUCAAUACAUUAAAUAGACACAAAAAUUUCAGUUACUAGAAUGUAUGUGUUACUCUUUUGUCUGAGCCAUCCAUACUGGAAUACCAAGCAAACAAAACGGCGGCUGCACACGCUGAACCACUGACCAGUAUGAAUUCGAGCAUUGACUAGACCCAGGCUCUCACUAGUUUUGGCUAGAAACCUCUGUAAAUAUAUAUGUUUUUCGGUGAAUUUCAUCACUUUAGACAAAAUUUUCCUUUUUAAUGAUACAAAAAUCUUGCUAAAAUGCUGGCAUUUAAUGCUCGAUGCUUUUGCCAUGCUAUUAUGCUCAAAAUAAUGGUAGCAUAAUGUGCCAAAGCCUAACCUACAGAUAGAAUUAAAGCCAAUACUGAAGUAAGUCCGGUUUUAAAAAAAGCUAGUCUCGCUGCAGACGUCCUUUGGGGUUCGUUCGAACUCCAGUGGACGUCUGCGGGGAAGCUAAAAAAAUGCAAGCUCUACUCAAUAUUACUACUCCUUCUGAAGGAUCGGAUACAUAUAAAGAGAUUUUGGCUCCCCGUUUUGUAAUCCAUGUCGUCCAGUUUACAUCGCAAGUCGUUUGAUAACGAGGAAAAGGGAAUUAAAAUUAUGAAACUGAGCUACGACAUCACCAAGCUGACGGCUAGACCCAGUGUGUGAGCGGGGUCCAAGGGCAUGAUUUUUGACCCCUUUAUGUGUGAAAUUGGCUCUAAAAAACGUGACACAGGAUAAGGUUUUGCUCUACCUUGUACUAGGUCUGUAUUUAUUUUUUUGUACUUUAUUGUUGGUUUGUUAUUCAUUUAUUUCGCGUUUUAUGAACAGCGGUUUAGGUAAUGAGGGAAAUCACAUGGUCACAUCACACCACCACCCGAUACUCAGAGACCUACCGGUGCAGUAGUAAACUGAAAAUAGUAACAAAUGUCUGAAUAUUUCUCGAUAUUCUAUUACACGGUAGAAUACGUCUGUAUAUACCCUUGUGCAUUAGAGGAUGUGUGGGAAGCGGUAAAAAUGGACGAAUAUGUUUUUCAAAUGAAACAUUUUGCACUGAAUAAUACUGAAGAAUAACAAUAAUAAAAUCAAUGUCAUUUUAUUCAAUUAUCUUUAGAUAAUCCAUCUGAAGCACAGAGAGAAGAGUUCACGUUUGAGAUUGAGCAGAUGAAACUCUUAGGUUCACAUAAGAACGUUGUAUCUAUGGUUGGAUGCUGCACGCUUCAGGAGAAAAUGUUCCUGGUUAUAGAAUACGUUCCCAGUGGUGACCUGCUAACGUGGCUACGUCGCAGAAGAAAAAAGGUAUAAAGGACAUGAACAAUUAUAUAAUUAGUUUAUAACGAAAUUAUCAAGAAACAGAUAUAGGGAGGCAACAUUACGAAUAUAUUUUGGUACUAUCAGAACAUUUUGUACAACUUAUUUAAGCAACUGCAGUUACUUCAAAAUUAUAAAAGCAUUUAAUGAUAAUACUAACAAUAAUAAUUAUAUAAUAAUUACUAUUAUUAUUAUUAUUUCAAAAGUAUUUUAUCCUUGGAUGUAACAACAUAGGGAUGGUAUUAAAAUCCUCCUUACGAAUCUUAGUCCAUAAAACCUGGUGUGCUUCGAAUUAGGGGCCGUAAUCUAGUAUGGAGAUAAUAACUUUUUGACUGUAGGAUCGCUUGAAGCCAUGCAGACGUAAAGUAACGUUUUUGUUACUUGCUUGAUGUUUAGAUCGAAGGACGUCAAGCUACCGAGAGAUGUUAUGCUGACAAAGAGGUUCUGAAAGAUCAGGGAGAGACCAGAGAUCAUGUAGGCUUGUAUAUAAACUGUAGUUUUACUUUCCGUACUAGCUCUGUCUUAAAUGGUCUAUCGAACAUAGAGUUACAAUUCUCGGCUUGCACUGUCACGCAAUGAAAAAUAAAAAUGCAAACCAUUCAAUACAGAAGGACUAGAAUCUGGGAAAUGAAAAGGGAUAAAUAUACAAAAACCCUUGCCAAGAAUCAGGUCUGUGAAGUAUUUCAAAUGCGAGAUAUUGGGAAAAACGGUUUACCUAAAUUUAUAAAGCGUUGUAUGGAAACGCCAUGUUGGUGUCCCUUUCAGGAACACCAAUAUGGCCGCCGGAUACCAACAGAAACAUCUGUUUUCGAGUUUUCCUACUAAUCCGUGAAUUCUUCGCUUGAGGAACUCGUUAAUAUUACAGUAAUAUUUAUUCUGAGACAAGGAAUGUUUAGAUUGCAAAAUCUCCCAAAAUCGGUAAUGUUUUUAACCCACGUAAGAGCUUUCCCGACCGCCAGCUAACUGCCGGGUCACGCAGAAGCCUGGAAAUUCAAGCGUCCUCUCUCGCAAAACGAAGAACCCUUUCGAACCAAAAAUUUGUUUAUGUAAAGGUGUUUAGGUACUGUAAUACCUCGUGAAAGUAGAAACUCAGGAGAAUCGAUAGUUUCUUAGUUUGAUUUUGGUGACGUCACGUGCAACCCAAGAAUAGUUCUGGUUGACCUAUUGUAGCUAUCUAAUCUACCCAUCCGAUUGUUGUUGAAUGGUUUGCACGUAACGUAAUCAUACUUCAAAAUAAAGAAUUAUUUAUCCUUCUAAGUUUCAAUUUAGUGAACUAUUAGAGCAGCUGAACAAGUGUAUUUCUACAAAGUUUCAGUUCGAAAGGGUUCUUCAUUUUGUGACAGAAUACGUUUGAAUAUUCUAAUAUAUUGGGUGACGCGACAAUAAUGGGGCAGCAAAAGCUGUCACGUAACUGUAAGUUAAAGAGUGACAUCUUUUUUUUUAGAGUUUUUUUUAUCUGAACAGUCCUUGUUUUUUGAAUAAGUAUUGAGUUUAAUGUUUAUGAGCUGUCUUGAGAUGAGUACUCGCUUUAUGGCAAUGCUUCUGUUAGUUUUCGGUUGCCAUAUCUGUGUUCCUUACAGGGACGCCAACAUGGCUGGCGUCUCAAAACAAAGCUCUAUAAAUUUGGGUAACACAUUUCUCCGAAUACCUCGCAAACAAAAAAACUGCACAGACCUGAAUUUUAGCAAGACUUUUCGCAUAUCCCUUAGAUUCCUGAUCGAAUUUUUCAUUUUCAGACAGGUCAGUAAACUUGCUAAGAAACUCAUGCUUACCUCCAUCGAUCCAUCGAUGCUAAGUUUAUCUUCGAUAGUGCACGUUUAGGGUCGGUUCAGCUCCGAAAAUAUUCUCCAAAUAGCAGAUGUCGCCCUUCGAGUUGUCUUCUUGUUGUUCUCGCCAUGUUUUUAGUUAUUUUUUUUACCUAGUUCUUACUCUUGAAACGAGUGAAAUGUCUACCGUCUUACAAGUUCACAACCAAAACAACUCAACCUUGUCCCCAGGUCUUCUCGGUUAACGGUGCAUUAACCCGCAAGAACGCUGCAUUUUUGACGUCAUUUCCUCGCUAAACACAAAAUUCUUCCACAUUUUGUCAUCAGUAACUGGUUAUGGUGAAUUAAGUGUGUGCUUUUGGCCAAUCAGAAUCGGGGAAAUAUUUUGAAUGAAUAAUAAUCGAUAAAGAGCGACUGAUUAAAUUGAAAAUCGAUAAAAAUUAAUAGGAGAAAACGUUGUUGCUAAUCGAUAAUUGUCGACUUUACUCGAUUUUUAUCGAAGUUUUCGAUUUUAAUCGGCCGCUUACUUAAUCAGGUUAACAUUGGCAAAGAACGUUGUUUCCGAACACAAGUACAUUAUUUAUGUGGCUUUGGACGGUUAAAUUUGUAGCGAAAUUUAUUUCACAAAUUACACUCAAUAUUCUUACUAAACAUUUUUGGCCAAUCGACAGGAUAAAAAAGAGUUAUAAACAACUGUUUUAGCUUGCCUGCACUGGAAACUGCUCAAGUUGAGCCCUACAAUGUAUAUAGUUCAAGUGGUGAGGAUAAUGUUCAGUGUACAGUUUUUCAGCAAAACCCUUAAAUUGCUUCCUCAAAAAGGAUAUUGGAAAGGAUCAUUUAAAUCCGGUUCUGUAAAUAUGCAAAACAUAGUAGAUAAUGAACUACGCAACUAAAUGGAAAGAGAAGUAGCGUGACCAUAAAACAUGAUAAAAAUGUGAGAGAAAAUCAUCAUUUAAAGCAGAAAACAUCUGCGUAUUGCUAAAAUAAUUUUCUUUAAAAUAAUGCAUUAUUAGGUUUUUGAACCUGAGAGGCAAUCGAUAAUAUCGUUAAAAUAGUUAAAAACGAUAGCGUUGACAAUAGAUUUUCUGAUAUCGGUUUUAUCGAUUGCGCUAGUCAGGUGUAAUACGCAAAAGUUGUCUCUUUAUUUAAUGAUCUGGGAACCGCGAAGCGCCUCUUUAUGAAAGAAUUAGUUAACUAUAAAGACGUUUAGAAAAAUCAGAGAGAGGUUUGGGAUCAAGUAGGCUUAUCAUAAGACUAAAUUUGGUAUUGAAUAUUUUACUGAUCAGGCUUACUAAACAUCCAGCUGACCCUCACUGGUUUGUCGUUGUGGUUCUGCCUUCAAAAGUGUUUCUUAUACCACAAAACAUGAUAUAGAAAAAAGUUGUUGCUAAUCGAUAAUUAUCGACUUUAAUCGAUUUUUAUCGAAGUUGUCGAUUUUAAUCGGCGCUUACUUAAUUAGGUUAACUGCGUGACGCGGCAUUUACAUGGUAGCCUGCGAGCAAGCUCUCCAGGGCGCUCUGGCGGCGGAGCGGGAAAAGGAAGGAGAGCUUGCAAAUACGUCUCUGGAAUUUGAAUUCUACCCCCAAUUCGCCUGUGGCUCCCCGUCGACUGAGCUGUCAGAUUUCCGCCAAUCAGUGCGAAGCGGAAACGAGCGCGAUUGUAAACAAACAAACACGUGCCAAGGGUAAUGGCGUCAUUACUAAUGUCAUCUCUGCCAAUCAGCAUUUCGCAUCGACUUAUUCAUUUUCCAGAGACGUAGUUACAAGCUCUCCUUCCUUUUGCCGCCGAGCCGCCAGAGCACCCCAGAGAGCUUCCUCGCAGGCUAUUUACAUGGUGGACGAGACAGCUGCCAUGGAGGCUGAAAAAAUGACUCUGUUGGGGGGAUUUUGCUAUCUGAAUGGUCGUUGUAUUAAUGUCAAUGUUAAUGAGUUCCUCAAGAGAUGAAUUCACCCUAUGUAGCACAACUCCGUGACACAUGUUUCUGUUGGUUUCCGGCCGCCAUGUUAGUGACCAUCCGGAUGGGCACCUACAUUGCGUCUCCAUCUAAAACUCUAUAAAUGUAGGUAAAAAAAUUAUCCGAAUUUCUCGCACAUGAAAAAUUGCACCGACCUGAAUCUUGGCGAGGGCCUUUGUAUAUUUACCUUCUUUCAUUUCCCAGAUUCUAGAAUUUAUCUAUUACACGAGUUUGAUUUUUAUUUUUAAUAGCGUGACAGUGAAAACCUGCAAUAGCGUUACAUUUUUUCAACAUGUAAAUGUCAUCGCCAUUUUGAUUAAUCAUUUAGUAAAGUUUGGCUGAUGAGUAUGAAGUUAAGGAGGAUCAACAUUCUAUACACCAAGACCAAGAAGACAUUGCAGUGUCUCCGCAACAAAGCAACAAAGAUGCUGUUCUUGAAGUGAUUCCAUCGACUUCCACCGAAGUAGAUGUAAGACGAAAACAAAAACACCAUAAUAAUUACUUAUUCACUAAUAAAGAAGAAUUUGCCUCUAGGGCGCCUUAUUUUGCUUACGUUUCACGUUAGAAGGACACAACGUGAUCUUGGUUUUCCUGUGUCACUAAUGUGUUUCGUCGAUGGUGUACCUUUCCUGCGCUGUCUUGGAUUUACGUUUCAGCGUCUUGUUUUUAUUCUCUUGAGCUAUUUUCAGUUGCGGGCUUGUGACUUCCAGAACGACGGCUGAUAUAAGGAAUCGUCUAGUAAAAUGGUGUGUUUGUUGUUUUUAAUCAGUACCACGUGUAUCAGAAGGUGGCCGAGGCUUUCUGGGUAAACAUCAAACUGUGGGCACGGAUUUUCAUCCUAGACUUGAAAACAGUACCUUGGACCCAAAGUAAAUUUUAUCUAGCUCUAGACUGGUCACUUUGAAGUUACUUUUAAUAGAUAAUACUUAUAUAUUCUGUGGCUCUUGUCUGGCUCAAGCAAAUUAUGUUACUUUUAUCUUUUUAUCCGUUAGUUACUUACUUACUAACAAGAAAAGUGAUUACUUGCAAGCUGUGCUGUUUCAAACUAAACCAAAAAUUUGAUAGUUAUUUAUCAAUUUAAUUAGGAUGAGGAAUUCAAAGUGACUGACAAAGAACUUCUAACCAGGCCAACGACAUCACUAGGAAAAACUCAAGCUUCUGCAAUGCCACUUUCAUUUGAAAACCUAGAGGAAUCAGGCGAGGAUCCUUGUGUCGUAGAGGAGAACUUUUCCCAACAAAUGUUUUCACUUGCCUGGCAAAUAGCCAAAGGAAUGGUAAUUAUCUUCUUUUUGUGGAUAAUGUUGCUGGGAUUCUGAUUCUGAGUUUAAUUUGGAAAGACGAAUUCAAAAGUCAAUAUUUCAUAAACAUGAAAUAGAUGGGAUAAAUAUAUUGGCUGUUUUUCUAGAUUUGAGUACAUUAAAACGGCUUAUAUGGAAAAAAAUUUCUUUUUGGUCGACCCAGUUUUGGCUAAUUCGAUUCGUUAUGCAUCUAAACAUAAAUAUUUGGAUCAGAUCGGUGCCGAUAUUUACUUUUCAUUUGUAUUUUUUCAUCUAUACUUAACUACUUAGUGUUCAGCAGGUGGCCGAGGCUUUCUGGGUAAACAUCAAACUGUGGGCAUGGAUUUUCAUCCUAGACUUGAAAACAGUACCUUGGACCCAAAGUAAAUUUUAUCUAGCUCUAGACUGGUCACUUUGAAGUUACUUUUAAUAGAUAAUACUUAUAUAUUCUGUGGCUCUUGUCUGGCUCAAGCAAAUUAUGUUACUUUUAUCUUUUUAUCUGUUAGUUCCUUAUUUACUAACAAGGAAAGUAAUUACUUGAAAGCUGUGCUGUUUCAAACUAAACCAAAAAUUUGAUAGUUAUUUAUCAAUUUAAUUAGGAUGAGGAAUUCAAAGUGACUGACAAAGAACUUCUAACCAGGCCAACGACAUCACCAGGAAAAACCCAAGCUUCUGCAAUGCCAAUUUCAACCGAAAACCUAGAGGAGUCAGACGAGGAUCCUUGUGAAGUAGAGGAGAACUUUUCUACCAAACAACUGUUUUCAUUUGCCUGGCAAAUAGCUAAAGGAAUGGUAAUUAUCUUUGUUUUCUGGAUUAUGUUGCUGGGAUUCUGAUUCUGAGUAUAAAUUGGAAAGAAGAAUAUUCAAUAUCAAUAUUUUAUAAACAUGAAAUAGAUGGGAUAAAUAUAUUGUCUGUUUUUCUAGAUAUGAGUAUAUUAAAAUGGCUUAUAUGGAAAAAAAUGCCUUUUCGGUCGACCCAGUUUUGGCUAAAUUCUUUUCGUUAUGAAUCUAAAGGUAAAUAUUUUGGAUCAGAUCAGUGCCGAUAUUUACUUUCAUUUGUAUUUUUUCAUCUAUACUUUGCUACUUGGUCUUCGGCGUACCCCCGUUAUUAUGUUUUGAGAUCAUUUUAAUCGUUUUUUCGUUGCUUAUUUGUUAUUAGAAUCAUCUCGCCGAAAACAAUCUUGUUCACAGAGACCUUGCUGCCCGUAAUGUUCUUGUUGGCCAUGACAACCAGAUCAAAGUGUCAGACUUUGGGUUGAUGAGACAAAUCUAUGAAGAUGUGAGCAGCUCAGCGAAGUCCAGAAAACUUCCUGUAAAGUGGAUGGCCCCUGAAUCACUUUAUCAAGGGGUUUACACGACCAAAAGUGAUGUGUGAGUGAUGAAUUUUCCCGCUCCAUUGACAAGAGAACUAUUGAAACUCUUCUACUGAAUCACUUCUGAGAAUUGUAGUUGCCUUCAAAAAUUACAGAAGCAUAUAACUCUGAAGCGCCUAAAUCCCCUUAUUUUUUAUAACCAUGCUAGGGUUUUUAGCCGUCCAAUUAGAAGCACGGAAAAUUGUUUGCCCAAAUAUGGAAUCAUAGUAUAGAAGGCAUCUCUGUCGAAAUAUAUAGCUGCUAAAAACGGAUUCUUCCAGUCCUUAACAGUUUUCCAAUUACACCCAAAACUCAAGAGUACACGCAUUUUUAGGCUGCUCCGUGGGCAGCAAACAAACUAUAAAUGCCGUGAAUCUGUACAUAUUUAUAACCUCUGGUUUUUCUCUUCGUUGGUCUUUUGGUGUUGUUCUUUGGGAAAUGGCUACCUUGGGUGAGUGGACAGUCAUUUUGUAGUUUAUAGUUGUCAUGUUAAACUUGAGGUGACUGACAUAUCAAAAAAGCAUUUUUCAUAAUCUGUAACUCUUAUCGACCGUAGAAAUGAUGUCAAAAUGUUGAAAACUCAUGUACCACCCGCAGGAUAAUGGUUUUAUACUGCAAUGUUUUGAGCUCUCCAAGGAAAUUAAGAGGACCGUGCCUUAACCCACCUUCCCCACUUUGCCAUGGUGGGAUGUGGCUUAACUGUUACGAUUAAAAUGGCCUUGUCGAGUUUAUAUCAGGACGAGUGACAAUCGACUAAGGCAUCUUUAAUAGAAAUCUAUCUAAUGGAAAAUUGCAUGUAUUCAGUUGCUGAUAUGUAAUCAUUUGUUUUCUUUCUCGCAAUUUUCAGGAGGCGUACCAUACCCCACGCUGACCAACUCAGAGUUGUAUCGACUGCUCUGUACUGGUUAUCGCAUGGAAAGGCCUGACAUGUGCUCCGACGACGUGUACGUUUCUUGAUUAGAUUGGUCUUAGAUUUAACAAACAGAUUCGAUUUUUCUGUGUGUCUGCUCAGUUACAUUUCACACCGAACGGCGCAGCAUACGAAUUCGUCAAAUAUUUUAACGCUUUCUUUGAUCAUAUUAAAUACUGACCAGACGGACGGCAGGGGAAAACUUUUGAUGGGAUCCUCACUCUUUGAACAAGGAAACCCUCCAUUGGCCUUAUGGUCAAUAAAGGCAUCAUUAGUAGUGAUUAGGUUAAUCUCUUUCCUGGGUUCGGGGUAUAGGAAUUUUGCUAGUCGAAGUAUAUGAAAGGGUAGGGAAAUCUAUCAUUUCGGUCCGUAAAAUGACUUAAGAGGACCAGGUAAGAAUUUCUGUCUGUGAAAAAGUCGAGAAAAUUUUCUAGUCUGUUAUUUAUUCGUAUUCAAAAGGAAAUACAUUUUUCAGCAAUUAAAAGGGACAAAGUUAAAGUUCUUUUCUUUUACAUAAUAAUGGCUGGAUGAAGGAAUAGGGAAUCGCGUGAUAACCAAAACGUUCCAAGAGCCCAUUUUAAUGGGCUUUACGUGGAAGCUUCACCCAAAAGGAUUGCCUUUUUAGGCCACAUGUAUAUGGAAAGGUAGGAAUUUCACGAGCUAAAAUGUUUGAAAUGAUAGGAAAUUGUGUAACUUCGGUAAUUUACACUAAAAGAUAUUUUAAACAGAGGUGCGUUUAUUGUAUGCUUAAUGUUAAGGGCUUAAUGGCUUAAAAAGUGAAGUAGUCGUACCAUUUUUUCAGGGUAGGCAGGAAAGGAAUGUAUACGAAAGGGGUACCUUUUCUGUCAUGAAAAAUGCUGUAUAAAAGGAGUUGGACCUCAGGGUGAAGCCUCCCUGUAAACUCAUGAAGCUAAGAAGCCUAUACAUUCUACUAAAAAAAUUUCUUUUAUUCCAAUAGACCUCUUUCGCUUGUAUGUUUUGUUUUGCCAAUACAGUUCAUGUCUAACGGUCAAAUUCCCCUGGGACCUCCUUUGGGAAAUCAAAACAUACACACUAUAAAGAGGUCUAUUGACACUGUCUAAUAAUUGACUGGAGCUCUACUAAGCAUUGAAUGGUUCUUUUUUUUCUCCAUUCAUAACAGAUAUGAGCUGAUUACUGAAUGUUGGAACGAAGACCCUUACAUUCGUCCCAGUUUCUACCGUUUGAUCGAAAAAAUGGAGGCGAUAAUGGAAAGGGAUGCAACAUAUUUGAAUGUAAACAAACACAAUGAAUAUCAUCCGUAUUACAACGUGUCUCCUGAAGCUAGCGCUGAUUGA